ACAGAAUUUGGAAGGUGGUGUUAAUGUAACCUUCAGAAGGAUCUGUCUACGGAUUAUGACCUUACUGUGGUGGAGAGGUUUACAUGCCGAAGCAAGACACAGAGCUACAUAUUUCAUCUAGAGCCUGGUGAAAAGGUUACUGGGGACUGAUCAAAGCAUGAUCCAAUGGUUGCCAGGAGUUACGACCAGAGGACAGGCACUCCCCAUCAUAAUGGUAACCCAAGAGUCACUGGUGGACACUUGGGGUGAGCAAAGCCCUCCAGCUGAAGAAGGUGGCCUGCAGGGAAGUCUCCGGAGACGGCUGAAAGGUACCGACAGUUUGAACGCCGGUGGAAACGGAGAGAGAAUCAACACGCGAGAGGAAAAUGAUGAGAGUGGUGUUCUUCGUCUUCUUCAGUCUGGCGGUCAUGGCGGACGAAGGGGAAAUAAAAGUGAAUUCGAGGGCCGUUACAUUGACAUGUCCGGGAGAUACCAGUGAAUGGGGGCAGAGAUCGCAGCGCAUAAUUAACAGCAGCAGAUAUUAUACAUUCAUAUAUGAGGAAGACACAAAUGGCGUGUUUUAUUACUGUAUGUAUGAUAGCAAAAAAUACAGCUUUUAUUUUAAGGGAAAGGUCUGUGAGGACUGCUUUCAGCUGGACGGGAUACUGUUGCUGACCAUUAUAAGUGGGGACUUGCUGGUGACUGGGGGGGUCAUCCUGUUCGCCUACCACCGAGCUCAGAGGAAGUUGGAACCGCCCCCUGCAGCAGCUGCUAACCACCAGAGCGCCUCAAGAGAGCCAGAAUCAGACUAUGAGGAUCUAAGCCCAAGAACCAGGGACAACGCAACCUACGCUGGGGUGCAAAGGACGGGGUAGACGCCCACUGCGCUAUGAAAUCCCCCCCCCCCCCAACCAUCUGAGGCCUUUUUGGUCCAGACGUCACCUCCACCUUGAAGCUGGUUGAGUUCUUUGAGGCAUUUGCAUGCUUUUUGUACAUCUUUUAUAUCUUGCCAUUUUUGAUACAAAUAAAAGCUUAUAUCAUUUUGCUUAAAAGCAUUUAAAUUUGAAAAUGAAACAUGUUACAUUUUGCCAACAAAUAAAAAUAUAUUGGCAUUUGCUUAA